AUGGAUAUCGUGUUGGAAGUCUUCGAUACGUUUGUGUUCGACUAUUUGUACGCCUGUGCGCUGCCUCUUUCAGCGCCGUCUAGCGAUAUAAUCUCCAAUGUCUUCAAGGGCGUCAACUCAACUACCGCCUCCACUAUCGCCCAAGUCAACGGGAUAGGCAAUGGAUUCAUCUACACUCCUGCGACAAAAUAUUUCUCUCUAGAGCCGUUCCAAUAUGCCUACCAGUCGUCUCUGCCCCGAGACAAUGGCUUCCGUCAAGUUUUCAGCCUUUUUAUGAUUACAUGGUGCGUUUUUCAGGUAUACCUAGCUUGGUCUUUGGCUUAG